UCGCCUUCGCCUUCGCCUUCGCCUCGCGCCGCUCCUCAUCCACUCCCCCGCCACUCUAAACCCCAGUCCCUCCCACCACAAGCGCAAGGGAAGAGGCGGACGCGACACACGAGCGCGAGGCUCGCCGCCGCGGAUGGCGCUCCUCCUCCGGCCGCCACCUCCCCCGCCCCACCUCCGCGCCCUCCUCCGCCGCCUCCUCUCUACCGCGGCCGCCCCAGGACCCUCACUCAUGCUCCCUCUCCGCUCCCCCUGCCCCGCCGCCGCCUCCCCUCGGUUCCUCUUCGGGCCCAGGGUUGUGGCUUCGACGGCGGCCCCGCGGCGGAAUGGGGUCGUGGUGCGGGCGUUCAUGGCCUCCACGGCGGCAUCCGAGGCGAUGCAGGAUAAGCGGGUGGCUGGAGAGUACACCGCCGCGAACGUGCAGGUCUUAGAAGCAUUAGAUGGAGUUCGCACAAGACCUGGUAUGUACAUUGGGAGCACAGGACCACGUGGAUUGCAUCACCUGGUUUAUGAAAUUUUGGAUAAUGCUGUGGAUGAAGCUCAAGCGGGGUAUGCCACGAAGAUUGAUGUAGUCCUUCAUGAUGACAACUCAGUUACUGUAACAGACAAUGGCCGUGGGAUUCCUACAGAUAUACACCCCCAGACAAAAAAAUCUUGCGUGGAGACUGUGUUAACGUUAAUGCACGCUGGUGGCAAAUUUGGAGGUGCAAAGAGUAGCUACAGUGUUUCGGGAGGGCUGCAUGGUGUUGGCUUGUCAGUCGUUAAUGCUUUAUCAGAGGUACUAGAAGUUACCGUUUGGCGUGAUGGAAAGGAAUACCGACAAAGCUAUUCUCGUGGGAAACCAAUGACAACGCUAUCUAGUAUCACACUGGUUGGUGAAUCAAAUUCUCAUCAAGGAACACGCAUAAGAUUUUGGCCUGAUAAAGAUAUAUUUACCACCACAAUUAACUUUGACUUCAAUACAAUCUCUAGUCGCAUCCGGGAACUUGCCUUUCUAAAUCCUGAGCUGACAAUAACAUUGACCAAGGAAGAAGGGCACACAGAGGUUCAACACAAUGAAUACUGUUAUGCUGGUGGCCUUGUUGAGUAUGUUAAAUGGUUGAAUACUGACAAGAAACCUCUUCAUGACCCUAUAGCGUUCAGAAAGGAGAUUGAUGGGAUCAUGGUGGAUGUCUCUCUUCAAUGGUGCUCUGAUUCCUACUCUGACACAGUGCUAGGAUACGCCAACAGUAUCCGUACUAUUGAUGGCGGAACUCAUAUUGAUGGUCUGAAGGCUUCAUUGACAAGAACAAUUAAUAACCUUGCAAAGAAGUCAAAGAUCAUUAAGGAUAAAGACAUCAGCUUGAGUGGGGAGCAUGUUAGAGAAGGAAUGACAUGUGUUAUUUCAGUAAAGGUCCCUGAUCCAGAGUUUGAAGGGCAGACAAAGACAAGGUUGGGAAAUCCAGAAGUACGAAGAAUGGUUGAACAAUCUGUUCAAGAAAACUUAACAGAGUAUUUGGAGCUUCAUCCAGAUGUGAUGGACUCAAUUUUGUCUAAGUCCCUCAAUGCUCUCAAGGCUGCAUUGGCAGCGAAGAGGGCUAGAGAAUUAGUGAGGACAAAGAGUGUCUUGAAAUCAUCUUCACUCCCUGGGAAGCUAGCUGACUGUGCAUCAACUAAUCCUGAAGAAUCCGAAAUCUUCAUAGUUGAAGGUGAUUCUGCAGGGGGUAGUGCAAAGCAAGGUCGGGAUAGGAAAUUUCAGGCUAUUUUGCCUCUAAGAGGUAAAAUUCUCAAUAUUGAACGGAAGGAUGAAGCAGCAAUGUACAAAAAUGAAGAGAUCCAAAAUCUUAUUCUUGGACUUGGACUAGGAGUGAAGGGUGAGGAUUUUAAGAAGGAAGCUCUUCGGUAUCAUAAGAUAGUUAUACUUACUGAUGCUGAUGUAGAUGGUGCACAUAUCCGAACUCUCCUCCUUACUUUCUUCUUUAGAUAUCAGAGAGCACUAUUUGAUGAAGGUUGCAUCUACGUUGGUGUACCUCCUCUUUACAAGGUUGAGCGUGGGAAACAAGCACACUAUUGCUAUGACGAUACUGAUCUCAAAGAGAUAGUUAACACCUUCCCAGCAAAUGCGGCGUAUCAUAUCCAGAGGUUUAAAGGUUUGGGUGAGAUGAUGCCUGCACAGUUAUGGGAAACAACAAUGGAUCCCGAGAGGCGGCUGUUGAAGCAGCUUAGGGUUGAAGAUGCUGCUGAGGCUAAUGUUGUGUUCUCAUCUCUUAUGGGUACCCGGGUCGAGUAUAGGAAGCAACUAAUACAGAAUGCCUCAAGUGUGAUCAACAUAGAUCACCUUGACAUUUGAGUGCAUUAAGCAAGGCUGACCAUCGUGUAUGAUAUAGAAGACCACCUGCUGCUGUUCUUACCCUUCCUACAGGAAUGAACCGUAGCAUACUUAAUUCCUUGCCAACAAUUUUCCGGUGCUAGCCUAGCAGUAAAAGUAGGCUAGGACGGGAAACAGUAUGGCAGCGUCUUUCCUGGUUUUCUGGUACUCCUAGCAGAAACGGUGGUUUAUUUCUUGCCAUGUUGUAACCCAACUUGGCUGGACGAAAGACAUCAUGUGGGCAUGGUUCGGGUUUCUGCCAUAUUUUGCCACUUAAAUCAUGUAAUAUACUUUAUCACCUGAUACAUUCGUUCUAGUUAAGAUGUGCCGUGCCUCUUCGAUUUUUA